GCUGGCCAAGGCUGGUUACUCUCUGGCCAAGGCUGGCCACUCUCUGGCCAAGGCUGGCCAAGCUCUGGCCAAGGCUGGCCAAGGCUGGCCAAGCUCUGGCCAGAGAGCAGCGGCGCAAGUUGGCGUCGAUGGCGGCGUCGCCGCAAAGCGUGAUCGAGAUCGCUUUGGCGGAGGCGCGAGCGACGCGGUGCACGACGAGGGGGCGGGCCUCGUCUCGGUGGGCGGCGGCGGGCCGCCUGGCAUGUCUCGGCUCGGCGCCGAGGCACAGAGCCGCUGCGAGGCAGCGGCGGCAACGCGCGGCGACGAAAGCACCAUCGCCGGGCAGUCUCGGGGUGGCGUGGAGGGCCACUCGAGCUCUGCCGGCGGGGCGGUCGCCACGCACAGGCACGCGACGCGAGGAGGCGUCGCCGAGGGCGUCGACGAGGCGCUCGACGAGGCGCGGCCGCGGGCCGGGUCCUCUCGGAGCCGCGGAGGCGCCGCUGCAGGCGGCGGCGGCCAGAGCGAGGUCAGCAGGCAGAGCGGCUGUGGCGGUGAGGGCCAUGCGGGCUCUGCUGCCGGCUCGCUCGCCUCUCUCGAGGACGCGACGGCCGGGACAGCCGUCGCUGCAGCCGGCGGCACCGCGCCGCCUGACGAGCCGCGUCCGUGGACAGCGGCGAGCACCCGCUGCUGGGCGAGAGCAGCGGCUCAAGUCGGCGUCGAUGGCGCCGUCGCCGCAAAGCGUGAUCGAGAUCGCUUUGGCGGAGGCGCGAGCGACGCGGUGCACGACGAGGGGGCGGGCCUCGUCUCGGUGGGCUGCGGCGGGCCGCCUGGCAUGUCUCGGCUCGGCGCCGAGGCACAGAGCCGCUGCGAGGCAGCGGCGGCAACGCGCGGCGGCGGAGGCACCAUCGCCGGGCAGUUUCGGGGUGGCGUGGAGGGCCACUCGAGCUCUGCAGGCGGUGCGGUCGCCACGCACGGGCACGCGACGCGAGGAGGCGUCGCCGAGGGCGUCGACGAGGCGCUCGACGAGGCGCGGCCGCGGGCCGGGUCCUCUCGGAGCCGCGGAGGCGCCGCUGCAGGCGGCGGCGGCGAGAGCGAGGUCAGCAGGCAGAGCGGCUGUAGCGGUGAGGGCCAUGCGGGCUCUGCUGCCGGCUCGCUCGCCUCUCUCGAGGACGCGACGGCCGGGACAGCCGUCGCUGCAGCCGGCGGCACCGCGCCGCCUGACGAGCCGCGUCCGUGGACAGCGGCGAGCACCCGCUGCUGGGCGAGAGCAGCGGCUCAAGUCGGCGUCGAUGGCGCCGUCGCCGCAAAGCGUGAUCGAGAUCGCUUUGGCGGAGGCGCGAGCGACGCGGUGCACGACGAGGGGGCGGGCCUCGUCUCGGUGGGCUGCGGCGGGCCGCCUGGCAUGUCUCGGCUCGGCGCCGAGGCACAGAGCCGCUGCGAGGCAGCGGCGGCAACGCGCGGCGACGAAAGCACCAUCGCCGGGCAGUCUCGGGGUGGCGUGGAGGGCCACUCGAGCUCUGCCGGCGGUGCGGUCGCCACGCACGGGCACGCGACGCGAGGAGGCGUCGCCGAGGGCGUCGCCGAGGCGCUAGGCGAGGCGCGGCCGCGGGCCGGGUCCUCUCGGAGCCGCGGAGGCGCCGCUGCAGGCGGCGGCGGCGAGAGCGAAGUCAGCAGGCAGAGCGGCUGUGGCGGUGAGGGCCAAAGCGACGACCGCCGAGCUUUAGGUCGCCGACAUCCAGCCGGAGCUGCGAGUCCACACGGAGGCGUCUAG